AUGGCAUUCAGAACUCUGAAGCAAUUUAAACGGAGUUUCGCAUCAGCCACCACUCCCAAAUUUGCUGUCAUGGCCGAUGCUGUUCAUCCACCACCUCCAACCAAAUCAAGUAGUGGAUUUAAGAAGAUGGCGAUGAGUGCUUCGUUUGCACCGGUGUGGAUGGUGUUUGGAAUGGUUGUCGUGGCCACGACGAUUGGAAUGCACACGGCAAAGCAGCAGUUGUGUCAUUCCCCUUCGGUUCAGUUGACUAAGAAGAAGAGAGAGUGCGUGCCCGAGGUGGAAAUUCCUGAUGUGGUGACGGAUUCCGGUAGCAAAUUCAUCAAUAAAUCUUUCUUGAGAAAAGUGGCUCACAUUCAGGACGACAAACGAACCCUCAAAGACCAUGUCCGUCCCAACCCUUUCACUAGCUCUCGGGACAAUGAAACCUUAAAAUCAGUUGGAGUCGCGAAGUGA